AUGUGGACGGCGUCUGGAUUGGUGGCGUUGUUAGCCACAACGGCCCUUGGUGCCGAAGUCGCCAAGCAAUGGAGCGUUGGCUGGGUCAAUGAUGUCAAUCCAGAUGGAAAGUUCCCUCGCCGAGCGAUUGGUAUCAAUGGCAAGUUCCCCGCCGAUCCCCUCACUGUCAACUCGGACGACUUUGUCCACAUCAACUUUACCAACAAGUUUGGUGAUGGACGCCCGUCCACACUGCAUGCACACGGACUCUUCUUCACGAACGUCAACUACUACGAUGGUGCUGCUGGUGUGACACAGUGCCCGGUCCCGGACGGAUACUCGUUCUACCACGAAAUCCUGAACACGCCAAAGAGUGGCUAA